CCGAAUUAUUCUGUCGAGAGCAAGAGUCGCGAGCGGAGUUCGAAAUUUGCAGUCGAGCGAGAAAUACGGGUCAGUGUGUGAACGCUUCCAAGUUGCCAAAGUCGGUGUCCAAAAAAAUAAGAAAAGAAAGACAAACAAAGACAGUUCCCAGCUGUUGUGAAUCAUGCGAAAAAGUUACUUCAUUGCGUCGCUGACGCUCUGCUUAACGCUUUGCUUAUUAACUUCAGUGACUGCCAAGUCUGGAGAGGAUCAGUGGGUGUGGCGCACCUACAAUCGCAGAGAGCGCGCGUUUCGCGACAAGGAUAUUGAUCGCUCCGCCUCCAUACGCAACUCCUACGACAACAAGUUGAGGCGGGAGCCAACCACCCGAAGACCGCUGCCUGGUGAGCCGGAGAACGAUGAAAUCGAGGAUUACGUGGAUGCCGAACCCAAUGUGAGCAGCUCACCGACCGUUGGCACACGUCAAUUCAAUCCCUAUGGCAAUCAAGGUGCCUACCCAGGUCAGCCCACAGCUGGAGGUCAGUUUGCCAAUCCAGGUGGCUUUGCUGGAGGCAGUCCUGGAGUGCUUGUGGGUCCUGGAGGACCCACUGGUGUCAUAGGGCGUCAGCCUUAUCCAUAUCCCGGUGUCUAUCAGCCAGGUCUUGGUGGCUUUGGCGGCGCACAGAAUGGUCUCGGCUUUGGCAGCUAUCCCGGUGUUUAUGGCGGCGCAGGAGCAUCAGCUUAUCCCGGUCUAGGCGGCGCUGGCAAUUUCGCUGGUGCGGGAUUAGGAGCAACUGCUUAUCCUGGAGUGGGUGCAGCUUAUCCUGGCGCUGGCAACUUUGGUGGCUUUAGUGGCGCGCAAUCUGGCGCAGGACUUGGCUUGGGACAAUAUCCAGGUGCUGGUAAUCAGUAUCCUUUCAAUCCUUAUCAAGGCGCCGGCACAGACUUUAACAGCAAUCAGUUUGCUGCAGCUGGUGGACAAUAUCCUGGACUGGGACAGUUCCCAGGGAAUCAAUACAGCGGACCGCAGUUCACCGAGGGCUACGGACUGGCGGGACUUGGUCUGGGUCAGGCUGGACUGCCUCCAACGGGCUUUGGUGGAAAUUAUGGAGCUGGCGGCUUUGGAUACGAUGAGAAGUCGCCUGCGGUGGCGGUGGCCGAGGGCAAGAGCGCUAAGAAUGUGGCCAGCACACCAUCGACUGUUAAUAAUAAGCUCAAGAAGGUUUAGAGACCGUCACGUUCUCACAUCUCAACUCACUGCCCAGUUAGCAUAGCAUUUUAAAGUAUUAGUAUUAUAGUAGUUAAUAAAUGACGAGCUUGCUUGUCCCUGUUGACCUUGUUUGCGAGCACUCAUUUUUUUGGGAAGUAUUUAAUUUAAGUUUUUAAUUACGAUUUUAUAGCUGAAUUCAUAUGAAAGCUAUUAAUUGCUUGUGGCAGCCCUUAAAAUCAAAGUGGCAGCCCUCAGGAUCGAAGUGGCAGCCCAGAAUAUUUUGAAGUUGGCAGUCUGCAGUUAACCGGAUCAUACUCUAAGAACUGUUCUAAGAAUGGGUAAAAUGUUUUAUAUAUAUCUGAUUCCUCUGUCAAUUAAAAUACAAUCAAAUGUAUUUGCAGUAUAGAUAGACUACCCAUCAUUUAAGCAACUUUUAAAGGGUAUAAUCGCCAUUUUUCAAUUAAAGUUUCGACCUUAAAUCUAAUUGACAAUAAUGGUAAUAAUUGGCACGAGUUUGUAAUGCAGCCUUCCAUAAAAUCAUCAAUAAUGUUUAUCAGAUAUAGUUAUUGAAAAACAUUUGCCACAUAAAUA